CGUCGUCGCCCAUGGAUGUGUGUGGUGUGUCUCCCUUUAGAGCGGAACACUGGGAAUUAUACUUCCUUGAAAUGUAUCUUUUAUUUAAUAAAAGUAGUUUUCAGGCUUCGCGCAGAUAGCCCGACGGGUCUACUCGAAGAGCAGAAAAUAGCUUGUUGUAACUGAAGGAAGUGCAAAGGAAUGCUCGGGAAAGAAAACUCCCGGUCAUACCAAGAGUUCAAUGAUGAUGAUAAUGAAGACACACAGUCUCCGGGCUUCUUUGACGAUGCCACUGAAGACCUGAAUAGCGACGAGCCGACUGACCGCGUCUCGCAAGAGGAUGACAUCAGGGAAAACAGUCCACCGAUAAGAUUCAGCAAAGCCUGCCUGAAGAAUUUCUUCACAGUGGUGCUCAUCUUCAUCUACCUGCUGCUGACCGGGGUGGCGGUGUUCCUGGCCUACCAGACUAUCUCUGACUUUCUGGAGAGAUUCCACCACCCUGUUAUGUCUGUCACCUACAAAGAGGUUGACUCGUUUUCCCCCCCAGGUAUCGCUCUGUAUCCCGGCAAAGCUCAGCUGUUGAGCUGCAGACAUCACUACCAUGACUACAUCCCACCUUUAGUGGACCCAGGCAAGCAUCAAGAGGGAGACUGUGUGAUUAAUGAUGUGACUUACUUCGGGCCAUUUACCAAUGAAACUGAGAAAAGAGCUCUGGUGGUCCGCGGCCCAUCUGACGUCAGAAACAAGGAGUUGAUCUUCAUGCAGUUCAGCCUAAAUGAAACCGAAGAGGACUUCAGCGCCAUCUCUUACAUGCUUUUUGCCAAUUUUAGUGACUUGACUGAGAGUGCAAACAAAUCCGACUUUAUGAGGGAUUGUGAGAGCAAUUACUCCAUGUGGACUUUCUCCGGAGGAUUCAGAACCUGGGUCAAGAUGUCUUUAGUGAGGACGUCUGGCAAAAACAAUGAAGCCGUCGAGUUUCGGCAAGAGUCCGCUGUGGUAAAAUUCAACGACAAAAGGCCUGCAUCAGAAAAAAACAAUGAGCUCUUCUUCGCUGUCUUUGAAUGGCGGGAUCCUUUCAUGCAAGACAUCAGACUGAUAGUGACUGCAAAUCCCUGGAACUCUGUAGCCAUUCUCUGUGGCGUCUUCAUGGCUCUCUUCAAGGCUGCUAAUUUUGCCAAACUCACGAUUCAGUGGAUAAUCAGAAUGCGUAAGAGGCAUCUGAGGAAUAAAGCCCGGGAGCUGAACCAAAUAAACUGAAAACGCUUAGCAGAAAAGCACUGGUGACACAAUCUGACGAGAUCCAAAUGGUCCAAGUGAGUUUUUUUAGGUCACUACUUGUACCAUUUUCUAAUCAUUGGUUAAGAUGAUCAACACUGAGGAAUGUUUACCCAUAACAUUUGUUAGAACAUAACACUUUAGAGAUACAGUGAUAUGUUCUAACUGAAUACCACUGUGAGAUUAAUCAUUUCCCAAAAAAAAUGGCCAGUUAGACAAGAAUUCAGAGAAUUGUUGGUUGUUGCCAUUUCCAAAGAUGAGGUAUUUUCAUAAAUGUUUUGUAUGCAUGUAAAGGAAUCGUUGCUAAAAGCUGAGGCACUCAACAUGUUUGUUAUAGUUUGAGAUUUCUAAAAGAUUUUAAUGGUAUGACUGUUUCAAAACUGAGAAAAUGUGAACUUUGGUCAAAAUGUUGCUGGAUUUUAUAAUCUUAUUCAAAAAGGGAAUAUUGUAGCAUAUUUUAUGUUUGCGUCUUACUUUUUUCACAAGGCUUUAUAAUUAUAUUGAUGACUCUAAAGGGAUUAUUAUGAGCUACUUUUCUUCUGUCAGAGUGAUCUGCUGUUUUAUUUCAAACCUGUUCAAACCUACUGUUGUUUUUAAUUUGAUUUAACAUAUGGUUAUUGUUGUUAAAAUGUACUUGAAUUACUGUCUUAAUUAUGUUGCAUCUCACCCACUAUGUUGUUGAAAUAUUGGAAAAUAAAAAUAUAUUUGAAUGCC